AUGCCGUCGCGAACUCUCCCUACCUUCACUCGCGCCGAGGUCGAGGCUCACAACACCAAGAAAUCAUGUUAUGUCACCAUUGGCGCCAACGUUUACGACGUGACCGACUUCGCCCAAGAUCACCCUGGUGGCGACGACCUGGUGUUUGAGUAUGCGGGCAAGGACGUUGAGGCAAUCCUGCGCGAUCCUACCUCUCACCCCCACUCAGAGGCGGCGUACGAGGUCCUCGACGACUCCUUGGUCGGUUUCGUUAUCAACCAGAAGGCCGUCAACGGAUCAGGCAACGGGUCGGUCCACAAGGUUAACGGAACAUCGAAUGGCAAAGCGAACGGCCACGCGAACGGGGACGCCAACGUCAACGGCAACGGCGCGGCCGAGACUGAAAACGAGGGUGUCAAGAUGAACGAGCACGGCGAGCUCUGGGACGGCGAGCGUUGGGUUCACCCCCGGACCGGUAUGGCCAGUGAGGAUGACUUGAGCAAGGAAACCGAUUACACCACCGACUACAAGAAACACAAGUUUCUCGAUUUGAGCCGUCCUCUUUUCCCCCAGAUGUGGUAUGGCGGCUUCAGCAAGGAGUUUUAUCUCGACCAAGUUCACCGCCCUAGGCACUACAAGGGUGGCGAGUCCGCGCCUCUGUUCGGCAACUUCCUCGAGCCUCUGUCCAAGACGCCCUGGUGGGUUGUUCCACUUGCAUGGCUCCCGCCUGUGGCAUACCACCUCUACCUUGCCCGAGAUGGCAUGGAAAGCACCACUCAGGAAUUCCUGUACUUCGGGCUUGGUCUUUUCCUCUGGACUCUGAUCGAGUACAUUCUCCACCGUUUUCUGUUCCAUCUCGAUCAAUGGCUCCCUGACAACCGAGUGGGCAUCACCGCGCACUUCCUCCUCCACGGCAUCCACCACUACCUUCCCAUGGAUAAGUACCGCCUGGUCAUGCCCCCGACGUUGUUCGUCGUUCUUGCCACCCCAUUCUACAAGCUUGCCCACUGGGUAUUCUCGUACAGCUGGCACGCCGCUACGGCCGUAUUCUGCGGAGGCAUCUUCGGCUACAUCUGCUACGACCUGACGCACUAUUUCCUCCACCACCAGAACCUGCCCCUCUGGUACAAGGAACUCAAGAAGUACCACCUUCAACACCACUUUCUCGACUACGAGCUCGGUUUCGGCGUCACCAGCCGGUUCUGGGACAGUGUCUUUGGCACGGAACUGCCUCCCAUCGUGAAGGCCAACUAA